CUAAUAUUAUUGUUUUUAUUGUGAACCGGAAUGCUCCCGGUCGACGGGCGAGUGGAGAGUAUUAGUGAUGAGUCAUAGGAAAGUGUGUUAUGUUCUUGAGGUGUGUGACGUCAUCGACUCGCGCGCAUUACUCGCACCACUCGCGCCGCGCCUCCUGCACGAUCAACGACCGGCCAUGUCUUGAGUGUUCAGUGUUCACAGUCACUAGUCAGUACCAAGAGAGACGGACGAGGAACGUGUCGGACUCUACUCGGUGGACGUACAGUGUCAGAAAUGAUGUUAAACAGAUUAUUUUAUUGUAUAUUUGCGUACAGUGAACAUUAUCACAGCCAAAAGUGUUGACGGUCCCGGCAGUGAGUGAACAGUUUAAAGAAAAUCUAAACUGUGACGUUUUAUGAAGUGGAACGCCUUGGAAGUAGAUAGCGUCUCGGUUUGUUUGGUUUUAGUGACAUCGAAGAUUCAUCAGAUAAUAAAUCACCAACGUAUUGAUAACUCUGAGAUACUUUCGGAUGUAGCCGAGGAUGGCCGGCUGUGAGACACACAAUGCUACAGGUGUGGUGGAGUUGCGAGAGGACGCUCCGCUGACAGCGAGUGCCACAAGCGCUCGCCUGUGCGCGGACGGACCGCGUGCUAUAGUUGGAGCGUUCGCCGCUCUCACAGCCGCUGUCACUGUGGCCUUACUGACACAAAUAUAUUAUGGCGAUUAUGAGUCUCAGGUGGUGCCGCACGGUUCAGUAUCCUCGUCCGCUGCAUCCUGCUCGCGGGCGGGCGCGGCCACACUGCUCGCGGGAGGGCGGGCGGUCGACGCCGCUAUUGCCGCCGCACUCUGCCUCGCUGUCCUGGCCCCACACCGCACAUCACUCGAUGCGAGCGGUUCUCUGGUGUACUGGGAGUACCGGUCAUCACGGGGUCAAGGUGCUACGGUCGUGGAGUGGGGAGGGCCGGAGGAGGAGCAAGCUGACCAUGAGACGAAUGUGACAGACCGACCGCCCCGCCUAUUAAUGGCGCUGUCCGCGCUACAUGACCGGCUCGGCUCCAAGCCCUGGACGGAGCUCGUGCAGCCUGCUAUAGACCUCGCCAGGGAAGGUUACGUGGUUUCAGAAAGCAUGUCUGCAGCGGCGUCUGCUCGUGACUUGCUGGGCUUCACGACCGGCGCCACACGGACGGAGUCCGCGCUGGCAGAUUACCUCCACACCUUAGUACAUAACACUAGUAAAGAGCUGUGUUCUCUAUGGUCGUGUUCGUCGAGGGUGCGAUGGCGGCCAGGUUCAUUUGUGUCAGCCGGCUCGUGGCGCGUGUGGUCGGCGGGCUCGGGCGGGGAGGAGGCAGCCGCCGCGCUCCGUCAAGCGCUGGAACCGACACCAGCUGAUACGGGGAACGCCUUCCGACGUGUAGUACAAAGUCUCCUGGAACAGAAACAGUCUAAGUCUGCGGCUAGUCAGCCUACACCGGGUGGAGUCGCUUCGGGACUUGCAAUCGUCGAUCCCCUGGACACUUAUCUAGCACUUGUAACCGGUCUGUCUGUUCCUUUCGGAUCGGGUCCAAGUGUGGGCGGCGCCUGGACUAAGGACGAACCCACCGCGCCACUCGAUCUGUCCCCUGCUAUUAUAACCGAUGAUCACGUCUGUGGUACUCGAUACAUAAUCGGAGCUGAGUCCAGUGCAGCUCUGGCCGAAGGUGCGGUAGGAGCUCUGGUGGAGGGCGCGACGGCUGCCGUAGACUCGGUGGAGAGUGCGCGCGCUGUCCUGCUGCCGACCGGUGAAGUGGUGCUGGAGCCCGGACGAGGCGUUCCACUCGCACCUCCCGGAGCCACUGCAGUCCCCGGCCCCUCCUAUCCGAUAGCCAGCGAGCUUCCUCUGCCGCAGCCUGCUCUUAAUUUUGUCCAACAGCGCGGAGACGCUCUCCUCUCGCACGCCGACAGUCGGGGCGGCGGACUCGCCUCACGCUUCUGAUACACAUAUUAUUACUAAAAUAUAUUAUUGCACGGCUUC